CAAGGUGGCGCUACCUGAGUCUGUAUCCGACCACAUGUACCGCAUGGGCAUGUGCUGCAUGCUGCUGGACGACGCCAACGAGGCUGUCAAUCGCUCCAAAUGUAUCAAGAUGGCCAUUGUGCACGACCUAGCGGAGUCACUGGUGGGCGACAUUACGCCUCACGACGGUGUUGCUAACGAGGACAAAUACCGCAUGGAGAAGGAGGCUCUGGACGAAAUUUGCAACACACUAGGCGACACACCGUCUGCUAUGGAGAUCCGUGAGCUGUGGAACGAAUACGAGGCGGGGUCCACUGAGGAAGCCAAGAUCGUCAAGGACUUUGAUAAGUUCGAGAUGAUUCUACAAGCUGAUGACUACGAGCGAGAACGUCCCGUUAGACGACUUCUUCCAGAGUACCAAGGGGAAGUUCCGCACACCGCUGGUUCAAUCCUGGGCAGCUGAACUGACCAACCAGCGCAACGCACGCCUCGAGAGCAAGACGCCCGUCAAGAAGUGAAAGUCGACUGCUACCACCUCGAUGCUUUAUAGCCCUUUUAGUAAUGG